AUGGCCCAGGCUUUGCCUCUCAGCCCCUUCUGCGUCGUGCGUGCGUCUGUCCAUCAGGGGGGAGAAACUGUUGCCGCAGGUCUCCCGGGGGUCAAGGGGACGUGGUUAAACACCGACCCUCGCAAGGGUGGACCGCUAUUGCCGCACUUCCCUGUCUGCCAGAUGAGGCUGGGGAGGGGGGCGUGGGGCAGACCCCCAGGGGCCUGGGUGGUGGGCAGACCUCCUCCUCGGCUCCAGCAGCGGUGGCGAGAGGUGAUGCUUUCACCAGCUGCCUGGGAUGCGCUGCUGCUACCGAGAGACCUUGCUUACACAAGAGGUCUUGGUGGUUCUUGGUGCGCAUCAGGUUCGGUGACGCUCUGGCCAAGGCUGCCCAGAGGCGACCUGCCCCGUGGCAGGCAGGCGAGGGCAGUCCGGCGGGGGCGGCCGGGGAAAGCCCGCGGCCAGCUAGGAGCUGGCACCGGCACCCUGCCGGCGCUGCACCACGGCAUCCGGCACGGGGACCUGGGGCGAGGGCUCGGACAUUACAUUUCUGUGGAUACAUCCUAUGAGGGUGAGAAAGCAGUGCUGUCCAGCCCUGAGCUGUACUCUGAGGAGUGGAGCUGUGUCAGACUGAUUUAUCAGAUAGCAACGACUUCAGAGACUUCGCCUGACCCCGCCAGGCUCAACCUGUACCUGCGGCAGGAAGGAGAGAGCUUUGAUCGCUUGCUGUGGUCUGCCACGGAGCCUUCGGAUAGCUGGCUCAUAGCUAGCUUAGACUUAACGAACAGCACAAAGAAGUACAAGAUCGUACUGGAAGGUGAAAUGGGACAAGAUAAAUCCGCCAGUAUAGCAGUUUUUGAAAUUAAAAUAACUCCUGGAUAUUGUAUUGAAUGUGACUUUGAAGAAAAUCAUCUUUGUGGCUUCGUGAACCGCUGGAACCCCAAUGUCAACUGGUUUGUUGGUGGAGGGAACAUUCGCAAUUCUCAGUCUAUCCUGCCCAAAGACCACACACUUAACAGUGAACUGGGUCACUACAUGUAUGUGGACUCUGUUUACGUCAAACAUUUUCAGGAAGUGGCCCAGCUAAUCUCACCAAAGACCACGGCCCCCAUGUCUGGCUGCUUAUCUUUUUAUUAUCAGCUUAAGCAGGAGAGUAGCAUAGUUUUUACCGUUUACUUGAGAGACACAAGUGGCUUUUAUGAAGAGAUCUGGAAAACAGACAGUGCACUGAGUGUGGACUGGGCGCUAGCAGAAGUUGACUUCAAUGUGCCGUACCCCAUGGAGGUAAAGCAAUCGUUCCUGUACAGUCCAGCUACGACUUCCAGGUUGCCUCAGACAUCAGUGCCGCCGCUUCAGGCCAAGUCGGGAACAUGGCAGUGGCCGUCCAGUGAUAAAGAUGCUGGCGAUCUGUUGUUUCCUUUGUCCACUGCGUAA